AUGAAAGCCGUCGUAAUAAGCAAAUUACUAAAAACUAUCGAUGAGCUCGAAGUGGACUUAAAUGCACCCGAGCCUGAGUUGAAAGAAAAUCAAGUUUUGGUUGAGAUUAAAGCGGCCGCCCUUAAUUAUUUUGAUAUUUUACAAUUUGCAGGUGUAGUUAUUGCUGUUCAUCCUACAGUCAAUAAUAAAUUUAAACCUGGUGAUAAAGUUUUUGGGUUUGGUCAUGGAAGUUUUGCUGAACGCGUUGCUACAAAUAUUGAAAAUGUUCUUUUGAUACCUAACGGUAUGAGCUUUGAAGAAGCUUCAGGAUUAUUUAUUACCUGUCCUACAAGUUACACUGCAUUAGUAGUUAGUGCAAAUUUACAAAAAGAUGAAUGGUGUCUUGUUCAUGCUGCAGCAGGAGGUGUUGGUAUAGCUGCAGUUCAAAUUGCCAAGGCGCUCGGUGCCAAAGUGAUUGCUACUAGUGGUUCAAAAGACAAAUUAGCUAUUGCUAAAAAUUAUGGUGCAGAUUUUGGUGUUAAUUAUAAAGAUAAAGACUGGCAAAAACAAGUAUUAAACAUUACGGGUGGACAUGGCGUAGACGUUGUUUAUGACCCCGUUGGAUUAGUUCAAGCAUCUCUUAAAUUUAUAGAAGUUUGGAAUGGAUUAUUUAAGUUAUUUGCAGAAAAGAAAUUGAAACCUGUCAUUUAUAAAAAUGUUUACUAUGGAUUACAUAACGUUAAACACGGAUUAAAAGCUAUUGCGAAUAGAGAGACUUAUGGUAAAGUUGUUGUUAUACCUAAUGGAGGAAGAGAAAGCAAAAUUUGA